AUGGCAUGCCUUGCUCCGCCAGCGUCCUUCGCUCCCUUUUGCAGGGGCCCCUUUGCAUCUCCGGCCAACUUGUAUCGGCCGCCCGCCUCCAUCGCCUCCUUGUCUCCUUCGUCUCCCCCUUUCUACCCCAGCCGUGUCAUGGUUAGGUGGGAAGCUCCCCCGGCGGGCUGGCUGAAGCUAAACUUCGACGGGUCUGUGUACAACGACGGGUCCGGCCGGGCUAGCAUCGGCGGCGCCAUCCGCGACUGCAACGGCCGCGUUCUUGUCGCCUUUGCCGAGCCGACGGAGCACUCGACCGUGGGCAUAGUGGAGGCCAGGGCGCUCAUCCGCGGGCUGCGCCCCGCGCUGAGUCGCUUCCGCGGCAGGCUGGUGGCGGAAGGAGACGACCUGAUGCUGGUGGAGCUCCUCACCGGCGAGGAGACGCAGACGCGCGUACCUCAGGCCAUGCAAGACGAGAUUCUCAUGCUGCUUGGGUGCUUCGCGGCGUACAAGGUCCAGCACAUCUUCCGCGAGGGCAAUCAGGUCGCCCACGUCCUGUGCAAGGAGGCGUAUCAGCGUCCGGGGGUGUGGGCGGGCGGGAUCGUGUCGCACGCCGUCUGGGAGAAGGCCCAAGACGAUGUGCACGGCGUGGCGCACGAGCGGCUCUUCAAGAAGAAGUAG